AUGGAAAAGGAAAAAGGACGAAAAAGCAAAGAAGCUAUAAAAGCAAAGUCCAAAAGGAGGCGACUGAGGAAAAAGGAAAUCCUACGGCUACAAGCAAAUCAGCAAAAGACACCAUUGACUUAUGAAGAAUGUUCCUCAAGUGGAGAAACUGAGGAAGCUUCAGUGAACAGUGAACAAGAGGAUUUGAAAGAUGACAGGCUUUAUAAGGACUUCCUAAGCUAUGUGAAAGCAAAGGCUGACGUCAAGAAAUACAGCAGUGGUCAUGUUGUAAAUACUGUUGAUGGAAUUGUGAAAAGACAUAUUUUCCUGAAGGAACCAUACAAGUUUUAA